UAUAACUUAUAAAAAAUCGGUAUAUAUUUGUACGGAUUAAUUUAAUGUGAACAUUUAAAGUAAACAGUAAAUUGGCAAUCACAUUAAUGCUGCAGCAAAUUUACUACUGGGUUAUGGGUCACAACAUAAAGAAGAAAACAGCUGUUCUGUUAACAUAGCAGGUGUCUAUUGUUAACCAAUUGUUUGCAUUUGGUUAUUUCCUAUAACAAUUUAGUGUUGACGUGCGCACACCAAAAAAAUCAAAUUACACACAUGUUUUUAAAGCCCUAUAGACUGAAGAGCAGCGCAGCGCUCAAGGGAUCCGAAGCGAAGAAAUUGCGCGCACGUUUGGAAUUAGCUUUUCCACACAUUAGCGUGGAAAAUCUGCUACCGGCAAAAGCGAAUGUGACGCAGCUGAAAAUUCUGACACAUGGCGGGACAGCGAGCCUUGUUUAUUGUGUGGACAAACAGCCAAUGUUCUUUGAAUUGGAUGGUGGUCAACUGGUGCCCACAUUGUACACACUGUGGACAACGCCAGAGAUAAUUCCAUAUUUCACCACGCACGAAGGUGUGCUGCCCAAACUGACGAAUGGCGCCGAUUUAAUGCUGCCUGGCGUGGUUCCCUUGGGCGUGGGAUUAAGCAUGUACGGCCAUUACAAGAAGGGGCAGCUAGUUGGCAUCAAUCUGACAAACAACAGCUCAGCGGUCGCUGUAGGCCAAUUGGCGCGUUCUAGUGAUGAAUUGUACAUGUGUGGUGGCCAUGGCGUUGCUGUCAAAGUGCUGCAUCUGUUUGGCGACAAGCUCUGGUCACAUGAGCCCAGUUUGCUGCAACAGAUUCCGGUGAUGCGCACCAAACCGCUGACCACGGAUGAUUUUCCUGCUUUGGGGGCUGUUGAACAGCGCAAGGCGCCAAAGACGCCUGUACAGCCGGAGCAAGCAGCUGAACUUCCAGCAGAGCCAGCUACGGAUGCAAUUGAAGCCAGCACAGCUUCUCUGAAUCUCGACGAGCCGGAAGAAAUAGCUGACAAUGAACCCACGCCGGAGACGAUGCUUAAGAACGCAUUUCUGGCGGCUCUCAAGAACAAUGGCAAAAAGCUGCCACUGCCGCUUUUAACCAGCAAUUUCUAUCGACUCUAUGUGGUCAACGAGGCGUCCGAGCAAAUCGACCUGAAGAAGACACGAUACAAGAAGUUGUCCAACUUUCUGGCCGAGAUGGUCGACCAAGGCUUCAUUGUGGUACGCGAGGAAACGAAAGGUGUGGACAAAAUCAUCUCAGUGGACCUGGAGCAUCCCGAGCUGCUGAAUUUCAUCACAGAUGUGAAGACAAACGAUUCUAGCGCAGCUGCAGAGACGCCACUCUUUCACUCCGAGCUCAAGGAAAUGUACGUGGUGACCGAUGUGACGGCCGCCUUCUUUACCAAGCUGAAUUACAAGCGAGGCGAGGGCAUUCCCGUGGCUCAGGUCAAGAAGAUUGUUCGCGAAUAUGUGAGCAAACAUGCUGCUAUUCAUCCUCUAACCAAAAUCGUAGAACCCGAUGAAGUUUUGCGCGAUUUGUGCGGCAAUCGUGAGGCAACGUUGAGUGAAAUCACCUCGAUCAUUACUAGCAAAAUGGAGCAUUCGUAUCAGAUGUGCAGUGGCAAGGAUACCAGUGGCAAGCCACAGAUUCAAAUGUCGCUAGCCACACGAUCGGGCAACAAAAAAGUCACGCUCGUGAGCAACAUUGAAGCCUAUGGCAUCAUUAUGGCCGAGCUGAUCAAACUCUGUAAACAAGGCGCAGCGGCGAGCACAACGAUUGUCAAGUUGCCUCAUCAGAAGCACGAACAGUUGCAGGUGCAAGGCAAUCAGAUACGUUUCAUAUACACGCUGCUAACGGAAACGUACAAGGUGCCGCCCAAGUGCAUCCUGGGUCUGGAGUUGGCCAAGGAUGGUAAGAAGAACAAGCGAAAGUAAAUGUUAAAAUAAAUGUCUUCUGUUUGAGUGUGUGUAAUACAAUAAAUUAUUUAUUAACAGUAGCGUGGGGAAGGGGAUGAUGAACCAAUUAAUUGCAACAACAAAUGGGUAAGGAAUCAAACAUGGGAGGCGCCUUCAAUCCUCUGAAGCAAUUCUGCCAUUUUCUUUAACU